AUGUCUGUCGACUGCAGCUUGAGCAGGCCAGCACGUGCACACGGCAAGGCCUUGUAUCGGGCGCUUGACAAGGAACACGGUGUCCGGAACCGCCAAAGGCGGAGCCUGCAGUGGUUGAGGGAUUGUCGAUUGGCAGGUCGAGGCGGUGGUGGGAAACAAUUAUCCGGUGCCUCGUUACUCACUGGUAUUUUAUCCGCCUACCGCGCAGUGUGGAGCAAGAGGGGCACAUGCAACCCCACCACGCAAAACUGCGCUCACUCUGAUAUGCUGCCGCGCCCGUUUUUGACCACCCACGCCUGCCUUGAUACGCUGCCGUUUGAGCUGGACCAAGGCCCCUCGAGAUAG